AUGGCAAGUAAUGAUCUCUCUUUGAUUGCUCCACAAAUCUUCACUGGUGAAAAUUAUCAAAUUUGGGCAGAGAAAAUGAAAUCCUAUCUUGAAGCAUAUGAUCUUUGGGAAGUUGUAAUAGAAGAAAAAUCCAUACAAGAACACCCUGAAAAUUCUACUCCUGCCGAAAUCAAAACUCAUUCAGAAGAGAAAAUCAAAAAAUGCAAAGCCAAAAUUGUAAUUCAAAAUUCAGUUGCAGAUUCUAUAUUCUCUAAAAUCAUUGCAUGUAAGACAUCAAAAAAAGCUUGGCAAAAACUCGAAAAGGAGUAUCAAGGAAGUGAACGAGGAAGAAAAAAUCAAAUCUUGAAUUUGAAAAGGGAUUUUCAAUCUCUUAGAAUGGAAGACGGUGAGACCAUCAGUAACUAUUCAGAUAGGAUCUCUUUGAUUGUCAACAGAAUCAAAUUACCUAGCGAGGAUUUUAAAGAUAAUAGAAUAGUUGAAAAAAUUCUUGUGACUAUUCCAGAGAGAUUUGAGUCCAAAAUUUCUGCUCUAGAAGAGUCUAAGGAUCUCUCUUGCAACAUUAAUAAGUGUUCUUUAAGCACAAGAGCAAAGAAGACCUUUCAGAUAGGAUAA